AUGACAACGAGAGUCGGUGAUGUAAGAGUGCAACGGACUGUUAACGAAAAAGGUGGUACGCAUAAACUGGAGGAUACCCGGGCAGUAAUCGAUGAUGCACUCCCGACCAUCCACACGCGAACAUCGCCAGCCAUAUUCGUGAAGGCGGUGUCCGGUCUGUCUGAGGACCAGAGACGUGCAGUCCGCGAUAUGGGAUUUGGAAGCUUGCUCGAUUUGACGAUAACAGCAACACCGACGAAAAUGGGAUAUUGGCUGGUUGAUAACUUCAACCAUAUGGACCGGAAGCUGCAAUUGUAUGACUGUGGGAAAAUCCAUGUGAAAGAAGACGAUGCAUAUAGAGUGAUGGGUCUGCCCCGUGGGAAUAUUGAGGUCACAAACCGGAAGAAAAAAACAGAGUCGGAAGCGUUGAAAGAAUGGGUCGAUGUGUACAGUGUCAACAUUGCCACCAAAAUAACGGCUACAAAGGUGUUGGAUAUGAUUCAGAGUUGUGAUAGGAGCGACGACUGGUUCAAACGGCAUUUUUUGGUUCUAAUGAUCACGUGUUUGUUUGAGAGCUCUCAGAACGGGGUGGCGAACUUACGCACGGUUCACUUGCUCGAUGAUUUAUCGAACGUGAGCAAGAUGAACUGGUGUGCGUACAUGAUUCGGUGUCUGGUGGGUGCUAAGAAAUCAUGGUAUGUUAGUCAGAAGCGCAAGAAUUUCACUGGACCUUUGCUAUUUUUGACGCUGUUUUAUGUCGACAAGGUUGUGUUAUCGAUUAGAUCCGUUCCAAGAUCACUACCGAUUUUUAAAUCAUGGAAUAACGGUUUGCUGAAAGCGAGAGAGCGUGACGAGGUUGCGGCUGGUGCAUUUGGGAGAGGUUAUGUUGAUGAUGACAUACAUGGGUCGGAUGGUCAUCACCGUGCCGACAUACAUAGUGGCAGCCCCGUUGGGAAUGACAUGAACUGUACGUCAGAACUAGUCGAGAGGGCGCCUAAAGAUUUAUUAGGCGAUGAUAAUUUUAUUAAGAUGCGGGGUGCCGCACAGAAGCUACUUGGGGUGUCUAAUGAAGACGUAAAAGGAAAGUCUAGUCAACAAACACCCAUCUCCAAUGACGGACCUACCGUUCCCGGACCAACACAGUUAGUGGAUGACGCAUUCUGGAACGACCCCAAGAAUCUGGCUGCCUUAGAUGCUAUUAUCGAUGCUGUUGCGCAUCGAGACCGUUUUAAACGUAUUCAUCAUGAAGGCCCCAGUUUUAGCUUGGGCUUGGGACUUACACCGGAUGAUGAGGAUGCUGAUGCAGGACGAUUAAAUAAUCUCAACGAAUUCACUACUGACGGUCCUUCCAAUGUAGACGUUCCAUCAGUUGAUCGCGAUGCAGUGGUUAAUGAACUGGAUGCAAAUACAAUUCCCGAUUGCGUGCAAGGUGCCGGUGGCGAUGCGAUUACUGACGAUCCUGUUGUUGAUGUUGGUAGACCAAAAAGGAGUCCCAAGUUUUCCAGCAUGGUUAAGUCACCUUUCAAUCAAAGGUAUAUUGACGUGGUCAAGAACCUGGACAGCCAGGAAAAGGCAGUUGUUAACUGGGUUUUGCAAAAAGCUAACGACGAUGUGAUUAUAUAUCAGACCCUGUCACUUGAUUAUGCUGUGAAGAGAGAUGUUGUGGCAUGCUUGACACCGAACACGCCAAUCCCCGAGGCACUUAUUGAUCUAUGGGCUCGUAUAAUGAACAGCAAUGAGAAGCUCGGGAGUCGUGGCUCAGUUAACGUGUUUCUUUGCAACCACUCGUCCGUGUAA